GGGCAACGUCCAAAUUUCAUUCAGGAAGAAAACUCAACACACUCGGAAAUAAACUGGUUAGUCAAAAGGCCCUAUAGGCUUUAAGUCGCCGGGAAGUUGUGACCAAAAGUGAAAGUAGUGACGCGAACUCCUUUGCAAACAGCUGACGUCCUUUGAGAUGGACGUGCAGACAUAUUUGUCGCGCAUCGGGUUCGCUGGCCCGGCUGAACCCAGCCUGGACGUGCUGCGUUCGGUCCACACGUGUCACCUGCUGUCGGUGCCGUUUGAAAACCUCACGGUGCACAGCGGCGGGCGGGUUCAUCGUGACCCCGCUCUCCUCUACGACAAGAUAGUGAACCGGCGCCGAGGUGGUUUCUGCUUUGAGAACAACGGCCUCUUCUCGUGGCUGCUCAGCCAGCUGGGCUUCCAGGUGACACUGCUCUCAGCUCAGGUGAAGAAUUUGAUCACAGGUUACUACGGCCCGCCUUUUGACCAUUUGAUCCUCAUGGUGAGCCUGGAGGGGCGGCGCUGGCUGUGCGACGUUGGGGUCGGUGUCCCGGGCUUCAGCGCCCCACUUUCACUGGAGACCAGCGGCCCCCAGGAGCAGGGCCACAGAGUGUACCGCAUCAGAAAGGACACGGGGAUGUGCUUUUUGGAGUGGCAGCGGGAGGAGAACAGAGGGCCCGAUGGAGACUGGACGGAGCUCUACAAAUUCACCCUUGAACCUCGGUAUCUGGAGGACUUUGAGGAGAUGUGCCAGUACCACCAGAGCUCCCCCUGCUCCAUCUUCUUCUGCAAGUCCCUCUGCACGGUUUUGAAACCAGGUGGAAGACUCACCUACAUUGGCCGCAGACUGAUCAGCACCACGUUUCCAACAGAGGAAACAGGGGGAGCGUUGGAAACCACAACCAGGGAACUAAGAGAUGAGGAUAUCCCGGGUGUUCUGGCAGAGAAAUUUGGAGUUGUACUAGAUUCACCACUCAUACCAAAAGAUGAGGCAAUCACACCACCGCCAGUCAUGUACUAAUCAUGCUUCCACGUGUCUUACACCUCCAAAGGCCUGAUUAUGACAUUAUGUCUUCUCAUUGAGAUGACUGCAACCUUUUUUGUUCAUACAUGUUACACAACAAGAUUUUGUCAUGUUUAACCCAGAUUUGAAUUAAAAAAACUGAUAUUUACCCUUUUCCUAACAUGUAAGGUGUAUAAAGCUGUAUGGUGUAGAUUGCACUGCCACACCCAAAUCAACCUGUUUAACAACCACCACAUAGGCUACUACAGAAUAUAUACAGGAGUACUUUGCUUGACUUGAGAACACAUGCAACAAAAAAGAUAAAUUGUCAGUUUGAUUUAAUAAAUUAUACAUACACUUUUAA